GACAGAAGGACACCAAGGUAGCUGUGUGAAACAGCUGUGUAAAACAGCAGGUGUUCCUGAGAAACACUGAGGUAGCAGCCAAAAAAGUCCAGGACACCUGAAUAGUUUUCUACCUGUUGGCACAAGUGGGUUAAAAGGCUAGAGGCAGUGAGUUUGUGUGCGUGUGUGUAAAGACAAUUAGCUACGCACAGGGAGAGAGAGGAACGGAAUACCUGAAGUGCCUAUUGGGGAGUUUUAAAAAUUCUUUUGUCUUGAAUGAGUUGGCUGUGCUGAAGCAUGUUUAGGAAAACGACUCUGCCGACAGUCUCUAAUGGCAGCUACCUGGAAGAGCAAUCAAAUGACAGGGUGGUCUCUGCACGCAACACCAAGGCAGUGCAGGAAGACAAAGUGGUCCUGAAGAAGAAAGUCACUUUUCUGAGAGGGGUAUCAAUUAUCAUUGGCACCAUCAUUGGAGCAGGAAUAUUCAUCUCUCCCAAAGGAAUACUUGAAAACACAGGCAAUGUGGGUAUGUCCUUGACUGUGUGGAUCAUCUGCGGCAUCCUUUCACUCUUUGGUGCUCUCUGUUAUGCUGAACUGGGAACAAGUAUUAAGAAAUCUGGAGGGCACUAUACAUACAUCCUGGAAGCCUUUGGUCCAUUGCCUGCAUUUGUAAGAGUCUGGGUGGAACUCCUCAUCAUACGCCCAGCUGCAACCUCAGUGAUAUCUCUGGCAUUUGGACGCUACAUUCUGGAACCAUUUUUCAUGCAGUGUGAAAUCCCUGACCUUGCUGUUAAACUUAUUACAGCUGUGGCCAUCACGUUGGUAAUGCUUCUGAAUAGCAUGAGUGUCAGCUGGAGUGCCCGCAUCCAGAUUUUCCUCACCUUUUGCAAGCUCGUAGCAAUUUUGAUAAUUAUAGUCCCUGGAGUGAUGCAGCUAAUUAAAGGUGAAACUCAUCACUUUAAAGAUGCAUUUGUAGGAAAUGCAGCCAUUGUCAAAGGAUUGCCUCUUGCUUUUUAUUCGGGAAUGUAUGCCUACUCAGGCUGGUUUUACCUCAAUUUUGUUACUGAAGAGGUAGAGAACCCUGAAAGAAAUAUACCGCUUGCCAUUUGCACUUCAAUGGUUAUUGUCACAGUUGGCUAUGUGUUAACAAAUGUGGCCUAUUUUACAACCAUCAGCCCUGAAGAUCUGCUGACGUCCAAGGCAGUUGCAGUGACUUUUUCUGAACGUUUACUGGGGAGUUUUUCUUUAGCUGUUCCCAUCUUUGUUGCACUCUCUUGCUUUGGGUCAAUGAAUGGUGGUAUUUUUGCUGUCUCCAGAAUGUUCUACGUUGCAUCCCGUGAGGGUCACCUUCCAGAAAUUCUCUCCAUGAUUCAUGUUCGCAAGCACACUCCUCUGCCAGCUGUCAUUGUUUUGCACCCUCUGACUAUGAUAAUGCUCUUCACAAGUGAUAUCUACAGUCUCUUGAAUUUUCUCAGCUUUGCCAGGUGGCUUUUUAUAGGAUUGGCAGUUGCUGGGAUGAUUUACCUCCGAUAUAAACGUCCUAAUAUGCCUCGUCCCUUCAAGGUUCCACUCUUUAUUCCUGCUCUGUUUUCCUUCACCUGCUUCUUCAUGGUUGCACUGUCACUUUAUGCUGACCCUGUCAAUACUGGCAUUGGCUUUGCAAUAACACUGACUGGUGUCCCUGCUUACUACCUCUUCAUCAUAUGGGACAAGAAGCCAAGGUGGUUUAGGCAACUCUUGGACUGGACAACUUUAUCACUACAAAUAAUCUUGGAAGUUGUUCCUGAAGAGGAGAGGCAGAUAUCCUGAUCUUCAAAGCCGUUGGAAAAACAAGAUUUGAUCAAGCAUCUAAAACUAGAAAACGUAGGAAAAGCACACCAGUUUUAGAUUGAUUUCUGAUAAGAAACUACAAAUGGAACUGUUUGAUGGUGUCAAACAUUUUAAAGUGUGGUUAGCUGCUAUUAUAGACAUGUUAACAACAGUCUUGAAAGAAGAUACUAUGAAAACUUUGUGAAACAAAUUGCAUUUUCUCUAGUUUACGAGAAUUUAGUCAAUGUGACAUGACAUCCUCUUGAUGAUAUUGUAUCAUAUGAGGGAUGCUGUUUUUCAUAUUGAUAGUUUUUAUUGUAGUGCAAAUGAACAUUUGUUUUAAAAAUGUUCAAAAAUAGCUAAAAAUGAUAGAAAUGAUGGUAUUUAUUGGGCCUGAAGAAAUACAGACGUAUAUAAAGAACUGCUAAAACCAUUAUUCUCACUUCAUAGUUUUAAUAUCAACCUUCUCAUUUAGCUGAGAACAACUAACACAUAUACCAUUAUCUUUCUCAUUUGUUGAUGGUAUGAAUAAUCACCCAGAUGCCUUAUACUGAUGUAGCUACAGCAGCAUCCUGUGCUUGAGGUGAUUGCGGCAGGUCAGUCCUUCUGAAUGGUGCCAGCUGAAAAUUAAUGUUGUGACUAUAUUACACAUUAUGGGUGGAUUUUGUGCAGCAUUAAUUAAGAAACUGGUGAGAGUGGACUUCUCACAUUUCUCUUUCCAGGAGCUGUCUACUAGCCUCAAAAGAAGUGAUCUCAAAAGUGGAGGCACCUAUCUGGACAAAGACAGCCAACUACACUAAGAAGGGCAAAGUGAGGAACACUGUUCCUCUUGGCCUUUUCUAUUGGUAAAACUUACUACUAGAAUAGGUUGGAGGCAUCAUUUGCCACCUUCCUUUUCUAAGUGCAGCUGUUUGAGUUGCAUGGGUUUUCAUGGCAUCAUCUUUUUGAAGUUCACUGAUGGCUAUUGGGGCAAGGGAGAAGCACAAAAUAUCCUCUUCCACCUUUGUCUGACUGUGGUGCUCCAUAGAAUCUAACCUGUAUUACAUAUUCUGGGUGGUAGCACCUUAUAGCACUUUGAUGACUGAAAAAUCUCUGGAGUGUCAGAGAUUAUUAUAUCCAACCCAAGACCUUGCCCUAAUAUCACUUGUCAUUUCAGUGUUUCAGACAUGAGCAUUGUGCCAAAUCUGGUUGUAAUGACUGUUGCUUUUGACUCAUUUUUCUACACCAGCAAUUCUGUGAUGGUCCCAUGAGAACAAAAUCUAAUUAUGUGUUGCCCAAAGCAACAGUAUUUCAGCCUGAUACUACAAAUAUAUUGGAAUAAAUACAGCUCAUAGAAUUGGGCCAGAAUAGGAAUAGAUUUCCUGUAUCUGCUAAAAGUAUGGUAAUACAGCUGUAACUGGACUAUUACUAUCUUCCUUACAAAAAGUGAGGUAUCUUAGAAUUUAUUUUCGUAAUGACUCUGUAAAUGUAGAGUUUUGCAUUUGAUUGAAAUACUUAUCUCAGUCUGAAGACAAAUAAUUAUUGAGUCUGAUUUCAUCAUAUACUUUCAGUUCUCUCCACUUUAAUUAUAGCAGUUACCAAUGCAUUGGUGGUUUGCACACUGGGGAUCUUUGGGAUUAUUGCCAGAAUCCAAGAAACCAUGCAAAUGG